ACGAUUUGAUUUUAAAACAUGGAAACAACGGCCAUCGCUUUUGUGGCUGCUCUCUCUCUCUCUUCUUCAACUAGAAAGAGAUCUCAGGAGCUCUGUUAGUUAUUCUUUUAUUCCCAAAAUACCCUUCCUUCGACUUCUCACCUAAAAUCUCCUCCAAAGUUCACAAAUUCAACGAUCUCGACGAUGAUGGAGAGAACGUACGGACGCCGCAAGCCGGAGAUCCCGCCGAGAACCCCAUCCAACUCUCUAAACGACAUCGUUUCGCAGCCGGAGUAUCUCUCCUCCUCUUCGUCCCCAGACAUCGAACCUUUUGAUUACCCACUCGUUCCUUUCUUCAGCCAAGAAUCGUCGUCCACUUACCGAGAGGAUUAUCCGGGGCCCGUACGGAGGGAGAAAAGAGCGAGGAACCGUCGUGAGGCUUUUGCUAUGACUUCCACGUUGCUAGAAGCGCAGGAGUUCGGGGAGCUGAUGGAGCACGAGGACGAGGUUAACUUCGCGCUUGAUGGGUUGCGGAAAGGGCAGCAGGUGAGGAUCAGGAGAGCUAGCUUGUCGUCUUUGCUUGCGAUUUGUGCUUCUCAGCACCAGCGUCGCUCGUUGAGAGCUCAGGGGAUCUCUCAAUCCAUAAUUGAUGCGAUAUUGAAUCUUAGCCUUGAUGAUAUACCAAGCAAUCUUGCCGCAGCCACCCUUUUCUUUGUGCUAACUGCUGAUGGUCAAGACGAGCACUUUAUGGAGUCACCCAAGUGCAUCAAGUUUCUGAUUAAGUUGUUGAAACCCGUGACUGUUACUAGCACCCAAGGGAAGCCGCCGAAUAUUGGAUUUAAGCUCUUAUCAUUACUUAAGGAUGUUGAUCCAGCACGGGAUGCAGUGAAAGUGAAUGAUCCGAGCUCUAGUGUUAUACUUUCAAGAGUUCAGGAACUUCUUGUUACUUGCAAGGAGAUGAGAUCUGUUGAUAGCUAUACAACUGAAACAACGAGACCUGAACUGAGUACGAAAUGGGUAGCUUUGUUGACUAUGGAGAGGGCGUGCUUAUCCAAAAUUUCUUUUGAUGAUACUUCUGGUUCUGUGAAAAAGACCGGAGGGAAUUUCAAGGAGAAACUGCGAGAACUAGGAGGACUUGAUGCAGUCAUUGAGGUUGUUAUGGACUGCCACACUGUUAUGGAGCGCUGGAUGGAAUAUGACGCACUCUCCGUCCAGGAUAAGAAAGAUAACCAGCAUAAGCAGAGUCUAAUGUUGCUCUUGAAAUGUCUGAAAAUCAUGGAGAAUGCUACAUUCCUCAGCAUAGACAACCAGAGUCAUUUGCUCGGAUUCAAGAAAUGUUUGGGUUCUCGUGAAUCCCGAAUGUCUUUCACAGAGCUCACGAUAAGUGUCAUUAAGAUGCUUUCAGGUCUUCACCUGCGUGGAGGGUUUUCAAGUUCUCACAGUAACAAUGUAAAUCCUCACUGUUCAGCUGGUGGUAUAUUGAGAGCUGAUCGUAGAGUGAACGAUGAGGUCGUGGCAAUCAGUUCAGAUACAUGCUCAAGUUUUGGCUCUAUCUCCACGAGGAAUGAAAGCGUAUCCCAGAGAAGCCAUACCAUAAUCGAUUUAGAUUCUCAAUCAAGUGUUUCAGGAAAUGAGCCCACUACGUCAACGACAAGACUCGGUUCCACCAUCCCUGCUUCGUUUGCAGGCAGAUUGGCGUCAUUAGGUAGUGACAUUGCCAGAAGUACAUCAAGGACUAGUCAAGUUGGAGAACCAAGUUGUAAAAGAAACGGAAACUUUUCAUUCACAGAGGAAAACGAAGAUCCUUUUGCGUUUGAUUUGGAGGAUUCUGAACCUUCCAAGUGGGCAUUAGUAUCUGUAAAGCAAAAGAAAUCCAGAGCUCAAAAGAAGAAAGGAUGUCACAAACAAAGUAAAGAUGAAUGUUGUUAUCAGCUGCACUCAAGCCAAGAGGAAUCAUCAAACCAUAGGGUAAAUUCCGAGGAAGAAUCAAGUGACAAAUACUAUAUAUCUCCGCAAGAAUCUUCUUCUACAAAUGACAUCGAUGAAGAAUGUCUAUGUCUUUUAUCUGAUUGCCUUCUAACAGCUGUUAAGGUUUUGAUGAACUUAACAAAUGAUAAUGCUGUGGGUUGUCGGCAAGUUGGUGGGUGCAGAGGGCUGGAAAGCAUGGCUGAAUUAAUUGCCAGACAUUUUCCGUCUUUCACCGAAUCACCGCUUUUCAGUGAGAUGGAAGAAACUGAACGUUUCCAUCAGAAGAAAGACAAACAUCUUACAGAUCAGGAGUUAGAUUUUCUCGUUGCCAUCUUGGGUUUGUUGGUUAAUUUGGUUGAGAAAGACGGCGUGAACAGAUCACGGCUUGCUUCAGCGAGUUUUGCUAUUACAAAACCAGAAGGGUUGCAAGAGAGUGAACCGGAGAUGAUUCCUUUGUUAUGUUCAAUCUUUCUCACCAAUCAAGGAUCAGAAGACACCAAAGAAGAAACAACUUCUUUCACCUUAGAUGAUGAAGAAGCUGUUUUAGAAAGUGAAAAGGAAGCGGAGAAGAUGAUUGUGGAGGCAUACUCUGCUCUACUACUCGCGUUUCUUUCAACUGAAAGCAGUACAAGUAUACGCAACUCCAUCAGAGACUAUCUCCCCAAACGCAAUCUAGCUAUUCUUGUACCGGUCUUGGAGAGAUUUGUGGCAUUUCACACGACUCUGAACAUGAUCCCUCCGGAGACACAUAAAGCAGUGAUGGAAGUGAUUGAAUCCUGCAAAUUACCGUAAAAAAAGCAAAUAGAAAAGGGCAAAUUAGUUCUUCAUUCGCCUUCUUCUCUGUACAGCUGCGAAAAAAAGACUUGGAAUGCUUUGGGGUGGUGAUUACUGACUCUGGGGAUUAUUAUACUGUGAUUCAUAGUGAUCAUGUUGAUGUAUAAUAUAAGGAUACAAGUAGUAUGUUGGAUCUUUUCCUUUUAGAGUUUAAUCACGAUGUUUGUCUCAGCUGCCUUUUACUUACACACUCCAUUCUUUUGUAGUUUUCUUGAUACACAUAAUCAUAUAUACAAGUUUGAUUUACAGA